CAUACACCUAAGAGAUUUCAAUGUGUGUUGUAAAUAUAGUUCAAAAGUUGAGGGUCGAAUGACUCUUUCACCAAUUGUAUCGCAAUAUCGUAAUCGUACAUAACAGUUUUGUUAUCGUCCUUUUAUUACACAUUGAGUAGUUAAUGUGGUUGAUUUUGAUCUAUUGCGCAAUUUGACAACAAACGAUUCAAGUGGGUUGUUACUAACCUGAACUAGUAGGAAUUGGUUUUUUCUUUCAGGUAUAAAAUCAUAUAUAGAUUAUAAGGUGAUCCUUAUAAGAAAACUUUACAUGCAAUACUAACAAGCAAUAACACACCCAAAAAACGAUUACAUCAAUAUUAACAUUAAUGGUUGAAUUAAUGCUUGGAAAGCAAUGGCAUUAACAAGUACAUACAUGAAGAAGAUCCCUAGAUUCAAAGGGAAAAGAAAACACCGAGAAUUGAAAAACUGUACGCUACCGAGAGUUUGAUUGAGAUAACUUUCUAUAGAAUACUAAAUCAAUAACAAUUUUUAGCGAUACAAAAUAAUUAAACCACAAUUAAAUCACAAUUUUUAUCAUAAAAUACAAUACCGUUAAUUUUUUCCGAUACAAUCUCCGAUAAUUCUUCUAAAACACUCCCUCUCAUCGUCUCAGUCUCCUCUUUACUCUUUAACUCCCAAUUAGGGAUGGCAAUGGGUCGGGUUGGGUCGGGUUUUGCCAAACCCAAACCCAAACUCAUGGGUUUAUCCGUGAAAAAAACCCGGGGUAAAACCCACUGGGUUUGAAAAACUCAAACUCAACCCAACCCGCUGGGUAUCCGCGGGUUCAUGGGUACCCACGGGUUUUUGUCGUAAAAAAAUUACAAUAACAAGUUCCUAUCAAAAUUAAAGUCAAAUAUCAAUCUCUCAAUACAAAUUAUCCAUAUUUAAAACACCAUUCUAGAAAAUUCAAGCAAAUCACAAAUUAACUAUACAAAUUGUUCAACACCAAUCUAGAAGACUCAAGAAAAUUGAAGUAAAUCAUAAAUUAUCCAUAAAUAACAUGAUUAAUUGAAAGUUUCUUCCUUUCAAUUAAGUUUCUUCACUCUCCACUCGAUAAUACAAACUUCAUUCUACACAAUUAGAAAGAAAAAAUUAGACAUUCUCCACAAACAUAAAUAAGAUUAGUUGUUUAAAAUAUUAAAUAUACCGAGAAAAUUAAUUAUAUGUGUGGGCGGGUACCCACGGGUCGGGUUUACCAAAACCCAAACCCAACCCAACCCGAUGAAUAGUGAACAGGUUAAAACCCAAACCCGACCCAAAACCCGUCAACACGGAUUUUACCCGCGUUGACCGGGUUGGGUCGGGUGGGUACCCGUGGAUUCGGGUUUGGUUGCCAUCCCUACUCCCAAUCGGGGCUUUUACUCCAAUUCAAUUCUCUCCCUCUCGUCGUAUUUGGUAUCUUCCAUCCAACCAACAACCAAUUUGCUCCCUUUAUAAUCUCCCUUCCCGCACUCUUCCCAGUUUCAGGGCUCUCACCCAAGCUCCGAGCUCUCCAUAGUCCAUAAUCCAUAUACCCACUGCUUCCACAUUACAUUUACACAAUACCCAAUAAAAUUCCGGCAAUGGGUUCGCCGCCGGACACCAGCAAGACCAUUAAGCUGGAGCGCUACAACAGCUACGUCCGCCGGAUACAGAGCACCAAGCUCCUCAACGCUUCCUCCAAGCUCAUCUUCCGCACCACCCUCCUCAUCGCCCUCCUCCUCGUCCUCUUCUUCACCAUCAACUACCCUCCCCUCUCCGACCGCCACUCCGGCGCCGCCAUCCACCGGCAUAGCUUCCUCUCCACCGGAUUCUUCUCCUCCUCCUCCUCCUCCUCCGCAAUCGGCGGCCCCAAUUGGGAGAAACAGGUCCGCCGCUCCUCCACCCCGCGCCGCCCCAACGGAUUCUCCAUCCUCGUCACGGGCGCCGCCGGAUUCAUCGGCGCCCACUGCUCAAUCGCCCUGAAGAAGCGCGGCGACGGCGUCCUCGGACUCGACAAUUUCAAUUCCUACUACGACCCAACCCUCAAGAGAUCUCGCCAGCAGAUGCUGCUGAAACACCAGAUCUUCAUCGUGGACGGGGACCUAAACGACGCCGUACUGCUCGCCAAGCUAUUCGACGUCGUUCCGUUCUCCCACAUCCUCCACCUCGCCGCGCAGGCCGGCGUCCGCUACGCGAUGCAGAAUCCCCAAUCCUACGUCAGCUCCAACAUCGCCGGGUUCAUCAACCUCCUCGAAAUUGCGAAAUCGGCGAACCCCCAGCCGGCGAUCGUCUGGGCGUCGUCGAGCUCCGUCUACGGUCUCAACGACAAGGUUCCCUUCUCGGAGCUCCACCGCACCGACCAACCGGCGAGCCUCUACGCCGCCACGAAGAAGGCAGGGGAGGAAAUCGCCCACACCUACAACCACAUCUAUGGGCUUUCCCUAACUGGGCUCAGAUUCUUCACGGUUUAUGGGCCCUGGGGCCGGCCCGACAUGGCCUACUUCUUCUUCACCAAGGACAUUUUACAAGGCAAGCCCAUCGACGUGUACCAGACGCAGGGAGGGGAACAGGUGGCGCGUGACUUCACGUACAUCGACGACGUGGUGAAGGGGUGCGUGGGGUCGCUGGACACGGCGGAGAAGAGCACGGGAAGCCGCGGGAAGAAGAGGAAGCCGGCGCAGCUGCGGGUGUACAAUUUGGGGAACACGUCGCCGGUCCCCGUGGGGCGGCUGGUGUCGAUUUUGGAGGGGCUGCUGGGGAAGAAGGCGAAGAAGCGCGUUGUCGGGAUGCCGCGAAACGGCGACGUUCCGUUCACGCACGCGAACGUCAGCCUGGCGUAUAGGGAUUUCGGGUACAAGCCGACAACGGAUUUGGCGGCCGGGUUGAGGAAGUUCGUGAAGUGGUAUUCCGGUUAUUACGGGGUGGAGACGAGGGUAAAGAAGGAAAUUGAGGAGGCUGGUGGGCUUGUCGAGGGCUCGUCAGCAUGAUUGGGCCAUGGAGUAGCAUGGGCCCACCUACCACCCCUGGCCCAUUUGCUAUCUCAUCUCACUUGUUAUUAUCUCGAACGAUGUAUACAUUUUUUAAUUUUUCCCUUUGUUUUUCGUCCUUCCUGUUAUAAAUACUUAAACUAGGGGGGGUAUUUUAGUGACGGGAAUUAAAUUAUAGGACUGAUUGAGAUAAAGGUGAAAUAGGGGGGAGUGGGGAGUGUAGACUAUGGAGUUGGGGUAUGAAAUUGUAAUAAAUUCGGGCGGUGAGGGAUUUCUGUAGGAAAUAGGGCAGAUCUCUAUCCUCCAAAGAACCUGAUGCUCUUUUUUAUUUAUUUUCUUUCCUGUUCUUUACAGAAGGAAAGGAAAAGCAAGAAUUGUAAUUGAACAGUACACCACUUGAUUUAUUUUACCUAAAUUGAAAGAUACAUAAUUCCAAAGCCCUGACCAGGGAUAGCAAUGGGUCGGGUUGGGGCGGGUUUUGUCAAACUCAAACCCAUGGGUUUAUCCGCCAACAAAAUCCGGGGUAAAACCCGUUGGGUUUGAAAAACUCAAACCCAACCCAACCCGCUGGGUAUCUGCGGGUUCAUGGGUACCCGUGGGUUUUUGUGGUAAAAUUUUUACAAUAACAAGUUUCUUUCAAAAUAAAAGUUUAACAUCAAAUUUCUCAUACAAAUUAAUCAUACAAAAAACGACAAUCUAGAGCAUAAAAGCAAACCGCAAAUGAUCAAUACAAAUUGUUCAAAAUUAAAGAUAAACAUCUAUAAACAAUCAGAUUAAUUGAAAGCUUCUUCCUCGUCAACUAAGUUUCUUCACUCUCCACUUCAUAAUAUCAACUUCAUUCUAAACAAUUAGAAAGAACAAAUUAUACAUGUCUCCACAAGCAUAAAAAAUAUUAGUUGUCUAAAGAAGAUAUAUUAUUUAGAAUAUUAAAUAUACCGGGAAAGUAAUUAUAUGUGUGUGGACAGGUACUGUCACAGACAUAGACUUCAGUACCCAUGGGGUGGGUUUACCUAAACCCAAACCCAAUACGACCCGGUAAAUAGUGUAGCGGGUUUAUACCUGAACCCGGCCAAAAACCCGUCAACGUGGAUUUUACUCGUAGUGACCGAGUUAGGUCGGAUGAAUACCCGUGGGUUCGGAUUCUGUUGCCAUCCCUAGUCCUGAACAAGGCCAAUAGCCCAUUGAUGAACACAGUUCUAUGUUGUCUUCGUAGAAUUAAGUCCCUUCUUCUGUCACCCACGUACAGGCAGCUGACCAGCUUCCAUCGACAAUUGAAAUUGCAACAAAUGAUCGCAGAAACAAGGUGACCCCGUAAGACACACUCCAUUACGCCUCCACAAUCUGUUCACCUACUCUUGAAGAACAAUAAUUGAUAACCAUCAUCGGGUUCAUAAGCUGACCUCCAAUUAUGAGUUGGCGUAGGGAUAAUGUAGGUCUCAUGACAUCUAUUACACAUCGAUUACACACCAUGUUAGAGGCAACAAUCUAGAAAGGACAAUGGAGGUUGGUUGUUUUUUUAUUCAGAAGGGAAGAUGGAGCUAUAUGUAACUGAAAGGUUUAAUACACUUGUAUAUCCAAAACUUUUUCGGUUGUACCAAUAAUAUCCAAAUUUUCAGAAAUACCACUUAUAGCCAAUUCCGUCACAUUCUUUAACGGUGUUAACGUUAAGUCUGACUAGACAAACGGUGGUGCUUAUGUGGCGAACGCUUAUUUCCCAAUUUCUCUGAAAUUAUCCACGUGGAUUGCUGAUUAAUUUAAUUUAAAAAAUAAACAAUUAAAAUUUCCAACCCCCUCCUAUGACCUCACCCCUCGUUCAACCUAGAUUUCUACCAUUUUCCUUUUUUUUCGUCGGCGAACCCCCUAACCCUUCGCCUGCGGAGGAAGACGAAGGCGACGGAGAACGAUCGUCCAUCGUCGACGGUCGAUCUGUCUCCGACGACAGUCGUCGAAUCCCCUGAUUUGCCUCCAUCCUUCAUCGAUCUACCCCCCUGCUAGUCCCGAUUCACAUCCCCUCAUCGAUCUUCCCUUCUCGCCCCCCUUCCGCGACGAGCUUAGGCCGACUCCUCCCUAACUUCCUUUUCGCUGAAGACCUCAAAACCGAACCCUAGAAACGCGAGGAGAGGAAGUCGCUUCGAAGAAACCCUAAUCGCACAGUAAAGGGGGAUUUCUGAGCACCUCGUAUGUAGCCACUGGUGAGUCUCGCUUUUGAAUUGGUAGUUGUGGCUGUUGAUUUUGGCUGGAAAGUUCUUAUAGAAGUGUCUUUCUCUUCCUUUUUUGGUUGGCAGCGAGGUGUAAAGACAACAAGCUGGGUCCGCAAAUCGCUUUUUUCGUGACUCUGGGUCGCCGAUCGCCAAAUCGUCAGAAUCCACGAAUCUGAAAUCUUCAGACGGCGGGAGGACCUUCAAUCCUCGGGAGUAUCUUCAGACGGCGGGAGGAGCUUCAAUCGUCGGGAGGAGAUUCAGUCGGCGGGAGGAGCUUCAAUCGCCGCCAGGGUGCGAACCCUAAAAACACAAUCGGGAAAAGGGACUGGUCGUGCUCUUCUUGGAAAGUAGAGUGGGUAUAUGGGGUAAAUUAUUUUCAAUUAUUUUCAAUUUCUUACGUGUCACCUUUGGCAUAGUUGGCGCUUACGUGUCUGCUUAGUUGGCGCCUAAUCAGCUUGCCGUCAGCUAUAUUGACGGAGUUAUUAACGCCGUCAAAGUAUUUAACGGAAAUGGCUAGAUUUAGCAAAGAACAACUUUGAAACGUGGCUAUAAGUGAUAUUUCUGAAAAUUUGGAUAUUAUUGGCAUAACCGUGAAAGUUUUGGAUAUACAAGUGUAUUAAAUCUAACUGGAAAUAUAGGUUAAAAUUUUACAGGUAGAUAGGGCAACAUGGCAUGGCAUGGACAUGGUCUUAAUCAUGCACCCACAUUAAUAGUCUAAUGAAUGUGGAAGUUGAUGGUACGUAGCUUUCGAUACAGUGAAAAUGAAAGGUAGCGCAAAUG